UUGUUUCGGGUUCGUUCGGAUUUCGGGUUCCGGAUUUUAUGCUCAGGCCUAGAUCCAACAGUCAAUGGGAUGGUAGUUCUUCGAAGCUUCUCCGUUUGAUCUUGACUAUCGAAACACGCCACGUAGUAUCAUUACCAGAGUAAUGACUCGCACACACCCUCAAGAUUCCCUAUACAUAUAAUAAACGCAGACGCACUCAAAUUUUCUCCACCACGACGACUUUCUUCUCUUUCUCUUUCUCUUUCUCCCUCGGAGCUUUUAAGUUAACCGGUGACUGGUUUAUUUAAGGACGGACAACCAGCUACAACCAAUGAGGAAUCUGUGGACCAGCGACGAUAACACUUCUAUGAUGGAAGCUUUCUUGAGCUCCUCCGAUAUGUCAGCCUUAUGGCUACCGGAAGCUUCGACGGCGUCGGCAACAGCUCCGGCCCCAGCGGGGUUUAACCAGGAGACUCUCCAGCAAAGGCUACAAGCACUGAUUGAAGGGACAAACGAAGGUUGGACCUACGCUAUAUUCUGGCAGCCGUCGUACGAUUUCUCAGGCGCCUCCGUGCUCGGCUGGGGUGAUGGUUAUUACAAAGGUGAAGAAGACAAAGGGAAGCCUAAACAGAGAUCGAUUCCGUUGCCUUUUUCGACUCCGGCGGAUCAGGAGUAUCGGAAAAAGGUGUUGCGUGAGCUCAAUUCUUUGAUCUCCGGCGGAGGUGGCUCGGUGGAUGAAGCUGUAGAUGAAGAGGUGACAGAUACGGAGUGGUUUUUCUUGGUUUCGAUGACACAGAGCUUUGCUUCCGGUGCUGGAUUGGCGGGUAAAGCGUUAUCGACAGCUAACGUAGUUUGGGUUUCCGGGUCGGAUAAGUUAUCCGGAUCGAGUUGUGAGCGGGCGAAGCAAGGAGGAGUUUUUGGGAUGCAAACCAUCGCGUGUAUCCCUUCGGCUAACGGAGUUGUUGAACUCGGGUCAACGGAGCAGAUCCCACCAAGUUCGGAUCUUAUGAGUAAGGUCCGAAUACUUUUCAAUUUCGAUGUUGGUGCUGCAGAUUUACCGGGUCCUAACUGGAACCUUGACCCGACCCAAGGCGAAAACGACCCGUCUAUAUGGAUUAAUGACCCGAUUGGAGCACCCGAACCGGGUAAAGGACAGCUUUUUUCCAAGUUUACUCAGUUUGAAAAUGGUGGUAGUUCAAGCACCAUAACGGGAAACCCGAACCCCGAUUCGACUCCAAGCCCGGUCCACUCCCAAACCCAGAAUCAAAAAAUCAACAACAAUUUCUCUCCAGAAAUGAAUUUCUCCAAGUCGAGUACCACCUUGGUGAAACCCAGACCCCGAGAGAUAUUGAGCUUCGGCAAUGAUGGUAGACGGAGCUCCAUGAACCCGGAUCCGAUCCAAUUCGAGAACAAGAGAAAGAACUCUCUUGGUUUGAUCGACGAUAAAGUUCUAUCAUUCGGCGGCGGAGGAGAAUCCGAUCACUCCGACCUAGAAGCUUCCAUCGUGAAAGAAAUCCCGGAGAAACGUCCGAAGAAACGUGGAAGAAAACCGGCGAACGGUAGAGAAGAACCGCUAAACCACGUCGAAGCGGAGAGACAGAGACGGGAGAAACUAAACCAGCGUUUUUACGCGUUACGUGCGGUUGUACCAAACGUUUCCAAAAUGGACAAAGCUUCCUUGCUCGGAGACGCGAUCGCUUACAUCAACGAGCUCAAGCUCAAGGUAAACAAGACGGAAUCUGAGAAAAUCCAUAUCAAGAACCAGCUUGAGGAGGUUAAAAUUGAGCUCGCCGGAAGAAAAUCAAGCACAUGUGGAGAUCUAUCAUCUUCUUCCUCUUCAGCUACGGCUAUGAUUAAACCUGUGGGGAUGGAGAUCGAAGUGAAGGUUAUAGGUUGGGACGCGAUGAUUAGGGUGGAAUCGAGCAAGAGGAAUCAUCCCGCGGCAAGAUUGAUGUCCGCGUUGAUGGAUUUGGAGCUUGAGGUUAGUCACGCGAGUAUGUCGGUGGUUAACGAUUUGAUGAUUCAGCAAGCUACAGUCAAGAUGGGGUUCAGAAUCUACACACAGGACCAGCUCCAGGCGAGUUUAGUUUCAAAGAUCGGUUAAAAUCAUAACUAAUUUGUUUUAAUGGGUUCCAGUAAUCUUAUAGCUGUAAUUGUUGUGUAUUAAGAACUGUCCAAAAAAAGAACGACACGCUUCUUUUGCUCCUCCAGUCUGUAUCGUAAUUGAAUGUGUAACGUGUAUAUAUAUAUUAUAUGAGACAGUAGAGUUCCUAAUUGGUUUCUCGAUGGUUCCAUCGCAGAGACAGUAAGGGUUUAGAAUCUUUCUUCUUUUUAGGGAAAGAAACAUAAAUGAA